UACACUGUAGUAGGUAGUCAUUGGGGAUGAAAGAGCAAAGCUAGCUUGUAAAUGCAGUCAUAUUUCCAUGUCUCCACUGAAAAAGAAAAUGUUACUUUCAGCAGAGACAAGCAACAGCUGGAAAUAUGUCUGCAUUUGCAGGCUAGGAGGAAGUUUGCCUUCAGCACAAUCUACUUGAAUGUUGCAGGAUGGUGUGUUUCAUGAGGACAUUGGUUAUGGAGUGUCAGAGGGAAUGAAAUCAAAAGCUUUGUCACUUGAGAAGGCAAGAAAAGAAGCUGUGACAGAUGGACUGAAAAGGGCUCUGAAGAGUUUUGGAGAGUCGCUUGGCAAUUGUAUCAGUGACAAAGACUAUUUGAAGUUCAUUAUAAAGCAACCCAAAUCAGUAAGAGCAACAGAGCAAUUUCUCAACAGUGCUAGCUAGACCUAAAUUACAUCUGUAUUGAAACUCUGGUUUUUGUUGCAUGGAUAGACUUCAGUUUGUGUAUUGCUACUACACCAAUGUGUGCAAAUUGGGUUGUGUGGCUGAUUGACACAAUACCAUGUCCCUGGCAAGGGUAAAACCUAGAUCUUUUAAGGUUACAGUACACCUUCGGGUCGGCAAUUUUCUUCAAAUUUGGAUU